CAAUUGUACCCAGCAUAUUUAAAGAAAAAAACAUAACCAGAGCCAACUAGAGGGCAGAGUGAGGCCCGCCAGACCCAUACCAUACAUUAUGUUAAUCAUCUCUCAUAAACCCUAAUUUUAACUAUCGAUUUUCCCCUAAACCCUAUUCUCAUUGAAACAGCCUCCUCUCCAAGUUUUCAGACCGAUCCUUCUUUCAGCGUAGCGAUGAAGCUUGUUAUUGGAUCAAAUCCAUGGACCUAUUCUUGCAUUUCUAGGAUUCUGAGAGUUGUCGCCUACUCCACUAACACCCUUAGCCCCAACGCCUCCCCUUCAAAGCCACCAUACACUCUGCCCAUCCGCGUCUCUUGAUCCGGACAUCCCAAAGCCUCCAUCGUCCCUAUCCUCAACCAAUGGCUCAAAGAGGGCAAAGCCAUCAAGCAGUCCAUGCUCCAAACUAUAAUCAGACAUCUCUGCAGUUUCGGACGCUUCAAACAAGCCCUUGAGGUAUCCGAGUUUAUGAGGGAAGAAAUGAGGUAUGGUAUUUCAGUUGGCGACAUGGCUGUGAGGCUGGAUUUGAUCUUGAAAGUUCACGGUGUUGAACAAGCUGAGAAAUACUUUGAUAGUCUUUCUGACACUAUGAGAACUUUCCAGGUAUCUGGCGCCCUUUUAAAUUGCUAUGCGCACCACAAGUGUUUAGAAAAAGAAGAGGCCACUGUACAAAUUAUGAGAGAAUCGAGGCUUCUUAGUGAUGCAGUCUCCUUAAUUCUCUGUGGAUUGGCAUGCUUAUGUUGCUGCUGCAAGUGCAUACUUGAAAGCCAGAGGUUGUAUGGGAACUUGGGGAAAUUCUUUAACUCUAGCUAUUUAUGUAUGAUAAACUCAUUGGUAAAGUUGGAUGAUUUGGAUGGUGCUGAGAGGAUUCUGGCAGAGUGGGAGUCUGGAUACUUAUAUUAUGCUCGAAUUCCAAAUGUGAUGAUCAGUGCCUAUUGCAGAAAGGGUUUUAUCAAAAAGGCUGAAGCAUAUACAGUCAGUCUGAUAAAAAGAGGUGUGAUUAAAGAGCCUGAUGAAUUUAUUUUGAAUAGUUUGGCUACUGGAUAUCAAAUGGAUGGGCAUAUGUCAAAGCCAGUGGAAACCAUGAAGGCUGCAAUCUUGUCUGGCAGUUCGGGAUGGAAACCUAACUUCUGUGCUGUUUGUCUCAAAUUCUUAGAAGGAGAGGAUAACUUAGAAGCAGCUAAAGAGCUGUUGCAGCUGCUUCAGGUCAAAGGCCAUUUGUCAAAUGAUGUUUAUAAUGGAUUUGUUAAGAAUAUUUUGGACGGAAACAUGGAUGUCGGUGCCCUUGACCAGACAAAAGGAGCAGUAAAACUCUUGAUGAUGGAAGUACAAGGACUCAUGAAGGUCAAAUUGAGGCUAAUAGCUUACCUUUAUAUCUAGUUGACCUGUCAAAACGAUUGUUACAGUCUUUCUCCCGCAUUAAUUAUCUGCCCUUGUUGUUGCUUGAUUAGUCUCUGUACUUUGGUUAGGCAUCUAAUUGAGAUAUCUGGUAGUUCGUAAAGGUCCUUGAUUUCAUAAAAUUUGCAGAUAUUAUUUUGAAAACUCUACCUUCCUAUGGCAUUGACCUAAGUUGAUUUAGGAAAGGCUAUUGAUGCUGACUUGUUUCAUGGUAUGGGAGACUGUUGCACCAUCAGACUAGCUCCUAGCCUGGUAUUGAGUUGUGAGUGCUACACGCCUUACUUGCUGGACAUUCUAUCUGGACCGGAUCCAUAUUUCCUUCAAAAACUAAGGGGCCACUAGUCAUUCCAAGUUCCAUUCCCAUUGAAAUGGUUAGUUACCCUCCCCUGACGGCCUUUUUAUAUGGCUCCCACUUUUGAAGGGGGAAUGACAUUGGGAUUUCGGAUUUCCUAAUAAUUAUUCAACAUCUCUGUCUAUACUGACUUCUACUUUUCCAUAUAUUUACAAAUCAAUGAAAAAUAAGAUUUCUUUUCUGAAAA